CUUGUGGGGCCCCGAGGCUGGGCAGGGACUUUGCUCCCGCCUCUCCCCGGCGAUCGUGUGCAAGGCUGGGAGCCUUCCGGUUCCCGACCCCACGCUCCCGGGCGCUGCUCCCAGCCCUGGCCUGGGGGGGAGGGGGUAAGACUCCUGGGUUCCCUGCUCAGCUGUGUGGCUGGCUCGCCAAGUGACCUUAGCCCAGGGGCACAAAGGGAACCCAGGCGUCCUGAGGCCCCCACGAGGGGUGUCCCUAGAUCUGUCUGUCGUGCUACGCCCCCUCUCCCCCCGACGAUUCUAGGGGGCAGGGCGGGGCAGCUUUUCCCUAUCUGGCCAUUGGCUGUGGGAACCAUGAUCCUACACCAGGCUUCUGUCCAUUCCCGCCCCCCUCCCCACCCUUAUCUCCGCUCGCCAGCCCUGGUGCUCUCCCGCAGCGGCGCUGACGGAGCCCGGCCUCCCUGCUGUUCUAGCCCCGGCUGCUCCGCCAUCUUCACCCCCCUCUCGGGUCGGUUUUGGUUUGUGCUGAUCCGGAGCGUGAGCCGACACACCUUUGGCCUCGUCCAGAGCAAGCUUUUCCCCUUCUACUUCUACACCCUGGUGGCCUGUGCCUUCCUCAACCUCUCCAUCUUCGCCUACUACCACCCCCGAGAGCUGCUGAGCGCUGGGGAAACCCUGCAGGGCUCGCUCUACUUCGUCUGCCUCCUCCUGGCCAGCGUUAAUGCCCUGGGCUUGUCCCCGGCCACCACAGGGGCCAUGUUCCAGUUGCAGGCCAUCGAGCGGGAGCAUGGCCUCGGCGGGGAGGUGGGGCUGGCGGCCCGGCGCGAGGCGUACCAGCAGCUGCGGGAGAGGGACCCCAAGUACCAGGCCGCGCGGCAGACGUUCUUCAAACGCCAUGGGCUGUCGUCGCUCUGCAACCUCGCCUGCCUCGUCUGCAACGGAGUCAACCUGCUGUGCAUGGCGCUGCACCUCAGCAGCCUGUAGGCAGGAGCCCUGCCUGCGGGGAGGGAGCGGUGGCAUUGUUCUUGGGGGGGGGCACCCAGUAGGUGGGACUUGAUUGAGCGAGGGGCUUGAAAGUCCAUGCCCCACCGGGGUCUGAUUGGUGUUGCUUUCUAAGCCUGUAUCCCACGUCUGGCACCAGCUGGAGGUUCAUGUGUUGGGCAGGGCGGGGGAUACAACUAACAUGGUGACUCAGCAGUGCUUUUCCCUGGGUUCUCUCCCCUGCUCUGGGAGGUAAGCAGGGUCUAGUGGGUGGGAGUGGGGGUAGGGGAGGGGGGGCA